CUUCCGAGUAGCCAUGUUGGUUACCACCUCUGGGUUCAGCCUGGGCUCCUUUCUGCUGUCACCGCUGUACACACUGCACGUGCUCACAUCACAGCGACCACAGGUUUGUUUGCUGCUGGUGCUCAGCAGCACCGUCCUUCUUGCCCUUCAGGAACCACACAGCAGAAGCACUUCACACGGUGAGCACUCUGUUGCACAUGGCCUGAAACAGCUGUUCAAGUUUUGAAUCUAUUCAUAGAAUCGUAGAAUCAUAGAAAGGCCUGGGUUGAAAAGGACCACAGUGCUCAUUGAGUUCCAACCCCCCUGCUGCGUGCAGGGUCGCCAACCGCCAGACCAGGCUUUCCAGAGCUACAUGCAGCCUGGCCCUGAAUGCCUCCAGGGAUGGGGCAUCCACAGCCUCCUUGGGCAACCUGUUCCAGUGUGUACAGGUAGCUGCUAAAAUGGGGGGAAAAACAACAACAACAACAACAACAACUACUACUGGGUACAGUGUCCGGAGUUCGGCAGACUGCCCAGACUGUAAUCUCAUCUAUGAAGGUCACACACUAGCAAUGCCUUGCAGUCUGGCAGUCUCCAGCUUAAAGGAGGCACCAAUGGGGACGCGGGGCGGGGCCUGGGGUGUCCGCGGACUUGAGCGGUGCGGUACGGUGCAGAGAGGUGCGGUGCCGUGCCGUGCCGUGCAGUGCCAUGCCAUGCUGUGCCAUGCCAUGGGUCCGUGCAAGGCGGUGUUGCUGGGGCUGCUGCUGGGCGCCCUGGGUGCGGCGGCGUGCGGGUCGCACUCCCUGCGCUACUUCAAGACCAGGAUGACGGAUCCUGGCCCCGGGAUGCCGCAGUUCGUGAUCGUCGGGUACGUAGAUGGCGAACUCCUCUGGAACUACAACAGCCUGUGCCGGACGGUGCGGCCCAUCAUGGGCUGGCUGCCGCAGGAGGACCAGGAGCACUGGGAUGCAGAGACCAAGAAGGCCCGGGACGUUGAGCUGGAUUUCUACGAGUUCCUGGGCAGGCUGCAGGUGCACUACAAUAAAAGUGGAGGGUCUCACACACUGCAGAAGAUGAUUGGCUGUGACAUCCUGGAGGACGGCAGCAUCCGAGGGUACGUUCAGUAUGCAUUUGAUGGGAGGGACUUCCUCGCCUUUGAUAUGGACAAGAUGACGUUCACCGCAGCCGAUGCGGUGGCAGAAAUCAGCAAGAGGAGAUGGGAGGAGGAAGGGAUAUAUACUGAGGGAUGCAAGCAUGAGCUGGGGACCAUCUGCGUCCAGAACUUGAGGAGAUACCUGGAGCACGGAAAGGCAGUGCUGAAAAGGAGAGAACGGCCUGAGGUGCGCGUGUGGGGGAAGGAGGCCAACGGGAUCCUGACUUUGUCCUGCCGCGCUUAUGGCUUCUACCCACGGCCCAUUGCCAUCAGCUGGAUGAAGGACGGCAUGGUCCGGGACCAGGAGACCCACUGGGGGGGCAUCGUGCCCAACAGUGAUGGCACCUACCACGCCUCGGCGGCCAUUGAUGUGCUGCCGGAGGAUGGGGACAAGUACCGGUGCCGUGUGGAGCACGCCAGCCUGCCCCAGCCUGGCCUCUUCUCAUGGGAGCCUCAGCCCAACCUGAUCCCUGUUGUGGCCGGGGUGGUCGUCACCACUGUGGCUGUAAUUGCUUCUGUCAUUGGAUUGGUGGUGUGGAAGAGCAAGUCUGGUAAAGGCCCUGACCUCCUUAGGAUCGCCCCUGACAUGAGCCCAAUGCUGACUCUUAUUCUGUCUGCAGGGAAGGAGAAGAAGAAGAGUUACGAAGCAGCGGCAGGCCACGAUAGAGAAUCCAGCGUCUCAGCCAUGGUUAUAGUGUGAAACCGGGGCUCAGGAGGAGUCCCUGCGGUUGGAGCGGUCCCGGUUCCCUGUGCUUCCCCGUUGGGCCCACAGCUGGGGCAAUACUGGGCCCCCCCUCCCUGGAGAACCCCCAGGGUGGUGAGUCGGGACGGGGACGUGGUCCCAUAUGACACCACCUCUUCUCACCCGCACAGGAAGUGAACUUCCCUUCUGAGUGCUGUGUUACUUCAGCCAGCCCUGCAUGCAUGUGAUUGGAGUGUGUGGGUGUGUGUAUCUGUGUUUGCUCAACUUCCUGCAUCUCCUCGGGCUGACGCAGUGUGUGCUCCCCUGCUCACACACUGUUUCCAACAGUUAGCACAUGGGUUCUGCCCUGUGCUAGGCUCUCUCCUACCAUGUAUGAUUAUCUUACCUGGUGCCUGUGCCAAUUGUACCCAGGUCAGAAUGCCCCAGUCUCAACUUUGUUCAGCUGCUUUCUUUGUGAAAAGCAGCUCUCAGCGCUGUGCUCAUUGUAGUCAGCCAUUAGCUUCAAAACCGUGUUGGGCAGCUCAUGCCUUGGAUGGGUGCUGCUGACCAGGCUUUGAGCCAAGCUGGCAUGGUAUGGUAAUUUUGCCAUUGGUAUUCCACAUCAUAGCAUCCUGGACAGCCCGGGUAAUUACAGGGUUAAUUGUCCGGUUCCGUGUACUGACAACCUUCCAGAUACCUGCUUCUCGAAAGAGAAGAAGAACUGUGUAUCCCAGAGGACCUCACGGUCAGAGAGGGAAGAUACGGCACUGAAAUCACGGGAUGUGAGUUGCGUGAUCAGGCUCACACUCUCUCUCUGACAGCCACGCAGAGUGCUGGGUGUGCUUCCGAGCUGUGCGCCUUCAUUCAAGCAGAGCUUUCGGUUUUGGAAGCUGUCUCUUAUUUUACCUGAUUUAUUACCCGCACUUUCAAUUUGAUUGUAUUAUAUUGUGUUAUCUUGCAUUCCAAUAUCACGUUUAGUAAAAUAAGUUUUCCACCUUA